AUGAUAAGAAAUAAUAAUAAAUUUUCAAAUAUUUAUAAAAAUUGUAAAAGAUAUUAUUGUAAUAGUAAUACAAAUAAUGGAAAACCAGUUGAUUUAGUAUUUAAUAUUCAAAAUCCCACAACAACAACGAAUGGUGUUGGUAAAAAUUUAAAUGAAAUUAAAAAUAUAAUUAUAUUACAUGGAUUAUUCGGAGCAGGUGGUAAUUGGAGAUCAGUUUCACCGAAAAUUGCAGAUUUAACAAAUUGUAACGUUAUUCAAGUGGAUCAAAGAAAUCAUGGUACAAGUCCACAUAGUGAUGAAUUUUCCUAUAAAUUAAUGUCUGAUGAUUUAAAUCAGUUAAUUAACAAGCAAUCAAUUGAGGAUCUUUGUAUCAUCGGUCACAGUAUGGGUGGCAGAGUGGCAAUGCUAUACUCACUAUUGAAUCCAACCAAAGUGAAGAAAUUGAUAGUUGUUGACAUCUCACCAAGUGAAUUAAAGAGUAAUACAAUUUUAGAAUUUAAAGAUUACUUGGAACGUAUGAAGUCGAUGGACUUAUCUAAAAUUUCAAAUAGACGCCAAGCUGAGGACUGGCUAGAACCAGCGGUACCAGAUAAAGGUGUAAGACUAUUCCUAUUGACAAAUUUGAUUUUGGGCGAUAAUGGUAAAUACUUCUGGAGAAUGAAUAUCGAUGGUCUUUUAAAAAAUAUCGAAAGUGUAUCUUCUUUCCCAAGUGAAUCGGAAAUUCAGUCUUUAAAAAACUCAACAUCACCAGUUCAAUACACAAAUGAUACCCUAUUCAUUAGUGGUGGUAAAUCAAAAUUCAUUCAAGAUAGGGAUUUACCAAAAAUUAAACAAUUCUUUCCAAAUUAUAAAUUAGAAGUAGUUCCGCAUGUUGGUCAUUGGAUACAUGCUGAAGAUCCAAUUAAAUUUGUUAAUAUAGCUUCAAAUUUUAUAAAUAAAAAUUAA